AUGUCGUCCUCUUCAACAGCAGCGACACUGAAUGUGAUAACUCAACAAUUAACAAUAUACGCUGGUGUUUUGAUUUAUGUUAGUGGAUGUUUUGGUAAUUGCAUAAAUAUCAUCAUGUUUAGUAGGAAAACGUUUAGGUUCUCACCAUCUUCAUGGUAUUUGGGCGCAUCAUGCGCUGUCAAUCUUUUACAUUUACAAUCAUUUCUGUUUAAUCGUGUUUUACCAAUUGGUUUUCUAGUGGAUUAUUCGAGGUUAUCAACGAUUUGGUGUAAAUUUAGAAAUUAUUAUGGUUUUGUGUUAGCCAUUACAUCUCCAACAUUGGUGUGCAUAGCAGUAGUAGACAGAUAUUUAUCAACUUGCCGUAAUCCUAACAUAAGAGCAUACAGUUCAUUGAAAAUAGCCAAAUAUGUCGUACCAAUGGUCAUUGCAUUUUGGAUGCUUGAGAACAUCCCCACUCUCAUAUUCUUUGAUAUCAAUUCACAGUCGCUGUGCACCUUUGAUCGUCCUGGCUACACUAUUUAUACAUCGUACAUACUACCCCCUAUACUUUACGGAUUAGCUCCCGUACUAAUCACAUCCUUCUUUGGUUUACUCGCCUACAAAAAUAUGCGUCAACAGAUUGCUCCAUCAUCCUCAAGACAACGUCGUGACACACAAAUAUCAUCGAUGAUCCUGUUACAAAUACUGUUGAUUGUUGUAGCAACAUUUCCUGCUAUGAUAAGAAAUAUUUACAGUGGCAUCACAUUAAAUAAUCAAAAAGAUCCGGAGCAAUUAAUGUGGGAGAAUUUUGUUGGACAAGUAGUUUACUUGCCGUGGUAUUUGAAUUAUACAUUCUCGUUCUACAUUUAUACCAUGUCCUCAGUUGUCUACCGUAAACAAGUAAAGAAGUUAUUAAUAAAACAUUUACUAUGUGUUCGUUUCGAUUAUCGAACAAUAAUAACAACGACGAAGUGA